CGGUGGAGCGGGGAAGGCGGCGGAGCCCCGGUCCGGUCCGGUCCCGGGAUGAGCUUUCCGCGGCCCCUCCGCCGCUCCGUCAGCCUCAGCCCGGCCCGCACCCUGCGCCUCGUGGUGCUGGGACAGAGCGCUGUGGGCAAGACAGCUCUGACCGUGAGGUUCAUCACCAGGAGGUUCAUUGGAGACUACGACCCCACCCUGGAAAUGAUUUACAGACACGUGGCCAUCAUGGACGGGGAGAUGGUGAACUUUGAGAUCCUGGACACAGCAGGACAGGAGGAGGAUUCCCUGCAGAUAGAGGAGAAGAUCAAGUGGGGUGAUGGCUUCGCUGUGGUGUACUCGGUGACGGACCGGUGCAGCUUUGACGAGGUGAUGAGGCUCUGCUUCCUCAUCAACCACAUCCACUCCAGCCCCAAGAGGAGCAGUGCCAGCGAGCAGCCCCCCGUGGUCAUCGUGGGCAACAAGAAGGACUUGCAGUUCGACAGGAUGGUGUCCACGGAGGAUGGGGAGAACCUCUCCAAAGCCCUGAAGCUUCCUUUCUAUGAGAUCUCCACCCGGGACAGCUACGAGGAGACCGUGGUGGUGUUCAACACCCUCUACCAGGAGCUCAUGAGGCAGGGGCAUUUCUCCCCCGGCUCCUUCAAGAGGAGGACAGUGUCCAAGCUGAUGGAGAAGAUCCCUAAGAUGCAAGCCAGCUCCACCUUGAACUCUGCGGGACGGAGCCUCAGCUUUAACUCCUUCAGGGACUACAUCCCCGAGUGAGCUGCUGCAGGGAUGGGACCCAGGGAUGGGGUUCCUGCUGCAAGGGCUCAGGUGCAGCUCGUGGGGCCAUGCUGGCUCACAGGAGGGGAUGGUUAAGAGGUGGGGAGGGUGAGGUUGGGGUCCAACAGCCCUUUAAAGCCCCUAGGUUUUCACAGAGGGGCUUUGGGAAGAUGCUCUUCAUCCGUCUGACCCCUUUGCUCCCUCCUCCUCCUCCUGCACGGCUGAAGUCAGUAUGAAGGUGGUUCCUGGUGACUUCAGUGGUGUUGGGUCAGCCCUUGGAGGCUCAGGAAUGUUUUGGGCCCAGCACAGACAGGUCUGAGUGGGUUUUCCCACUCUCCUGGGUGAGCUCACUGGCUGUUGGUGCCCCAAAGUGUGGACCCCCAACACUGGGGUGGCUCCUGGGCUGUCCCCAGCUCUCCCUGUCCUGGGGAACUUGGCUGCUGGGGGGUAAAAUCUGGGUUUCCCCCUGGGUUUUGGAACAGGAGGUGGUGUGGGGGGCAGACCCCUGGGACCCCCCUCCUGCCCUCUUCUUCCUCCUGAGCUGACACCACGGGCACGCUGGAAAGGAGAACAGAGAUCUGGGUGCAGGGGUGAUGGGGAAACAAGCCCGGGAAUCCCUGGCUUUGCUAAGAAGCAAAAAAACACCUUUUUAAAAGAAUUUGGGCUGCUUUAAUUACAGUGUAAAUAAAACCUGGGCAAAGAGCAGUGCCAGUGGCAGAUGUUCCUGCUCCAUCUCCAGCCCAAGGCACUCAGUGCUGAGACUGAGAGAUGUGAGGAGGAAAUUCUUUGGGGUGAGGGUGCUGAGCCCCGGGUUGUCCCCAGAAGCUGUGGCUGCUCCA